UUCUAAUUCCCAUCAUCAUCAUCAACCAGCAACAUUCUACAUACACACCUCAAAAUAUAAAGAUGACUAGCCCAAGUGAGGAAGGCGGAGAAACUGAGAUUAUUGCUCUUCAUCGUCAUCCAGAAUACACAGAAGAUUGUAUGAAUAUCCUGAACGAUCAGUGGCCUCGCAGUAAAACUCUCAGGUUAAGAUCUCUUCACUCAUCAUGUGACCAGUUGCCCACAUCACUGGCACUCCUACGAAACACCGCUGAACAAAAUAUGGAAGUCAUAGGACAUUCAAGAAUAAAUGUGUUGCCUCAACAACAAGGUGCAGCGUGGAUUGAAUCGGUAGUUAUUCGUCAAGAUCUACGAGGAAAAGGUUAUGGGCGAUUACUCAUAAUGAAGACUGAAGAAUAUGCCCGUGCUUGUGGUUUUAGCACAAUUUACUUAUCAACACAUGACCAACAAGUGUUUUAUGGCAAGCUUGGUUAUGAAUUUUGUGCUCCUGUGUGUAUAUAUGGUGGAACUGUUAACAGACACCUUCUUCCUAAGCAGUUUCUAACGUCAGUAGUAUCUAACACUAAUAAGAAAGUAAUAGCAACAUCAGUGACUAAUACUGAGAAAGUAACAAAGGGGCUUCCAGUGCAGUGUCAGACUCUAGAGAAAAAAGAUCUUCCUUCUGGGUCAGGUGAAACUACACCUUUCUCCACCAACCAGAAGCCACCUCCCCCUCCACCUCCUCCUCCUCCUCCUCCAAAAAUUAAAAAAGACGAUAUAAAAAAAUUAGAUUUUACAACUGUAUCAAAAAUGUAUAUGAAAAAAGAUUUGAUAUGACAACACUGUACUAAUUUUUUUAGUGUAAUUUUUGGAGUGAGAACAGAAUUUAAAACAAAUAGAAUAAUGAUACGAUUUAACUAUUAAAAACUUAUGAAAAUUAUUCAGGGGAAAUUUGCCAGUACAUGUACUGUAUUGUACUGUACUAAAUCUGUAAAUCAUUAAAAUUUUGAAUUUUUGUUUGUGCAAUAAUUUUAUAUACAUGUAUAUCAAUGUUUCAAUAACGUGUAGCCCAUACAAACAUGAGGAAAAAUCAAAACUCACACGUUCUGCAAAUAUAAAUUAAGAAAAUUUAAAAAUCAAAUGGUCUGUUACAAAUAAAAACUUUGCAGGGAAAAAUUUAA